UGAACAUACUGAGGAAGUGAAACUGACAAAGAAGGGUAAGUGUACAUUUAUGGGCACGUCUUUUAUUACUGUUCUCGCCUCUGUUUCUUUAAAUACAGGAACCCUGAACACGCUGCAGUUAGAAACAAGAAUUUUUGACCAUGAAUACAUUACUUUGGAUAUUAUUAUCGCAUUGUUUCAUACUUAUUAAUGCAGAUUGCAACAAUAAUUUCAUAGGUGCUGGUAAAGCAAGUAAGAAAGCUGUUGUUGGAGAGAAUGUGAUACUGCCAUGCUAUAAUGUGAUCAAACAAACAAACUGCACAAACACUACAUGGCUAUCUGUAGAAAAAGGAGUUAUUGUUGAACUGGUGCAGCUUGGCAAGAUAAAUCUGAAAUACUCAGAAAGGGGAAAGCGAGUGAGUUUGACAUCUAACUGCUCUCUACACAUCAGUAAUAUCAAAGCUGAGGACUGCGGAUGCUAUACCUGUCAACAGUGGAAGAAUACUAAUGAAGAGGUAGCAAAGAAUGACAGAUUGUGCUUGUCUGUUACUAAAGGACCAACAACCACAGCAAAAAUAGGACCAACAACCACAGCAAAAAUAGAAACAACAGCCACAGAGAAAAGUGAUUCAAAGAUAGUGAUCCCAUCAGUGCUGGUGAUCACUGCUUUAUUAGUGACCACACUCACUGUUUGGCUUAUAUAUCGAAGGAGAGCACAUAAGAGAGCAUCAGUUGUAAAUCAAAACAACGUUUCCACUGAACACAAUGGUGAAGAUGUGACCUACAUUGAACUGAAGCACAAUACAGUAAAACAAAGCAAAGGGGAUACAGUAACAGAAGAUCAAGAAAUUGUAUAUUCUGGCGUAAAAUUUGCUUAAACAAUUAGACAAUGGAAAACUAAAAAUAAUUAGAUCCACUGAUGGAGACAGUAAUCAGUUAUAUAAUAUUUCAUUUUUCUUUUGUUUUUAUUGAGUGUGCCUGAAAUGCAAGUCCAAUCACCAUCCACCCCAUUAUCUGAAAUUUGUCACAGCAACUGUUCAUUAAGGGUUGUUGAUAAUAGAAAAAAAAACAUACUGCAAUAAAAAUGCUAAACAAUGAAUGUUAUACAUUUUAACAGCUGGAUUAUAGUAAUGUAAUCAUAUGCAGCAAACGCUUAUAUUUAAUAUUACUGAUAUUUAUAUAUUUUUGCAUAGAUUUUUUUGUAUUUACAAUUAAUCUGUGGUGGUGGCCACACAAUUACACCUGCAUUAGGUCCACCUGAUUAUAAAAGUAACUUUGUAUAUGUUUGCAGUGUUUCUGUUAAACCUCAAUGUUAACAGCAGCAUUAACAAUAUUUCAGGCAAAAUAUUUUUCAAUUAAAGGUGCCUUGAUUUCUUCAAUAGCAGAACGUCUAUUUGGUAUUCUGAAAUGUUUUUUCCAAAUCUUUGGUGUUUUUUCUUUGGAUGAACUUUUUUCAGAGUUGGUUCAAUCAUCUCAACUGUAUGUAAAAGCGUAGAGUGAAGUUAAAUCAAUUCCACAUAAUACACACAUUUUUUUUAUAAGAACUUCAAAUUAUUAUUUUAUUAUUUUUAUAUGUCUGACCAAAGCAUAGAUUUCAUUCUUGCUACUUGAGAUCUCAUUUCAGACUAGCAUUAAGAUUUUUCAAUUAAAUGUUAAGAAACCUUUUUGUCAAUCUUUUAUAAAAAAGAACAGUCAACGAAUGGGUUUUCAUAAGAUCUUACACUUUUGCAGAUACUGUUAAGGCUAGCCUUACAAACAUUUCACACGCCAUCAUUUCUUUUCGAACCGUUGUUAUAGAAUCUUUUUUCUUUUCUUGCAAUUAAUGCAGUGGACAAGUGAAAUUACUAAACAUGAGCCUGAUAAAAUAUGCUCAUUUACAAGAAAACAUGUCAGAUGCACUUAGAGGGGUUUGCAUCUGAACUCUUCAUUUGUUAACAUUAACUACUAAGGUGCUGUUGAAGCAAGUAAGAAGGCUGUUGUUGGAGAGAAUGUCACACUGCCGCGCACUAAUGUGAUCACACAAAUAAACUGCGAAAACACUACAUGGCUAUUUGUAGAAAAUUGAAGUACCUUUGAGCCAGUUACACUUGGUAAGAUGAAGCCAGAAACCUCAAAAGGAGAAAGCGAGUGAGCUACUUUCACAGUUAAUAUUUGCGUGUUGUUUCUGUUUAAUAAUGCCAGUUGCUUAAAGUUAAAAGGUAUAUGUGUUGUGAUAGUUCUUGCACAUUAUGAAAGUAUUUGUACUGCUGCUAUAGUUUUCAGUAUGCGCGGGUUGAUCCAAAAUGAGCUGGGUGCCUGUGGUCACAAGUCAUCCAAAAAUAUUUUUAAUGAUAUUCAGGUCGCGGUUGGUCAGGUCGUUUGAAAUAAAGAUGGCUAUAUUCUAUUUUAAACAAUUAACACUUAAAAAAAAUGCGAGCCAGGAAGUGGGUUAGGUAAAAAAAAUGUGUUAGUUGAAAAUGUUGGUCGGGUGUGGGUUGUUUAUACAUUGACCUACACAUCACUGAUAGUUUUGUAUAUGUUGAUCUUUAUUCUCAAUAUACAAUUUUGUGUUUGACAUGUUUGUGAGUAACAUGUUUCAACUAUAAAAGCACUUUACAUCCAGUUGAAGCUUGAAGACCCGAUUAAGAGUUGUAAAUGUAAAACAUGUUUAAUAUUUUCUAUUUUUAAAAUGGGGUUAUAGUAAAAUAGUUGUAAUGCACCCCUUUUUGGACAAAAAAAUCUUAUGCAACAAGUCUUGAAUUGGACACGUGAUUCUGAUCGAUGGGGAGAGUUGCUUAAAGGAAUAUUUCACCUCAAAAUAGCCCCAAACUGUACUGUGCAAAAGUCUUAGGCCACCAUCACAAGCUUUGUUGUUUUGGCAAAGUUUUAAUGUCCAUCCAUAUUUAUUUUUCACACAGAGAAACUACAGGAAAUAUGUACACAAAGUUUAAAACAAAACAAUUUUCAGAACAAAAUGGCUUCUUCAUGCAUCAGUCAGUAUUUAGUGUGACCUCU